GUUGAUUUCUUUUUUUCUCGUCUCUGCGUCGUAAUUCGUUAUCAUUUACUCCGCCGUUUAAUCAAGUAAUGAAUAGCCAACUAGACCGACUCCAUGCACUGGUACCCUUCAGUUUUAGAUUUGCUUAUCGAAUGUCACGAUAUUUGAUGGCAGGUAAAGUAACUUUGUGUUGGCGCCUGUUUAUUAAUACUCAUUAUUCUAUACUUUGCAGGCCGAGCUAACCGGACAUGCUCUUAACGCAAAUGUGAUCGACCCUUCGCUGCCUAGGAAGGACGGCCCAGGCACCAGCCAGCUCAACUUUGGCAGUGCCAAACCUGUGGGCUGCAUUUUCCCCCAGAUGAAUGGAACCGACUAUAGUCGGAUCAACAUUCGACUCCGAAUGGCAGAGAACGGACUGCGAGGACAAGGGAACGGAGCUCUCGUUCCAGGGAGCCGAAAUGCAGAGGCAACCAUUGAAGAUGGACCAGGAGGGGAGGACGGACGGCGGUGCGACUUCUGCCGCCAAUCUUAUGGUGGCCACAGAACUACCAACACCAGACUCGAUUGAAGCACACUCUGGCGACAAAGUGGAUACCAUCGACCGUGACAGCCGCAGGGGUGAUGAUUCUCCCGAGACCAGCUUGUCGGACCCACACAAGCAGCAUAUGCACCAACCGGACAAGCAUCCGUGCCGCUUUUGUCCUCAGUCAAGCUCUUCCGCAGCGGGUAUCGCCAUCCACGAGAGGACACACACUGGAGAGAGGCCCUUCAGUUGCGGUGCCUGCGAGAAAACGUUCGUGCGAAAGUCUCACUUGACAGCUCACGAUAGAAUUCACACCGGUGAGAAGCCGUUCAAGUGCAACACGUGCAGCAGGGCGUUUACUCAGAAAUGCAGUUUGGCGGUUCAUGAGAGGACUCACACAGGAGAGAAGCCGUACAGGUGCGAGACCUGCAGUAGAGCCUUUGCGGCUUAUAGCAAUUUCCACACUCAUCGGAAGAUACAUCGCAAGUGAUCGAAACAGCGACGUGCAUCACAGUUGUGGUGGGGGUUUAAACGAAAUACUCGAGCACCGACGUACGUUCAUUUCGUUUGGCGAUAGACCUGCAGGAGUUCUACUUGCGAGCAGUGCAGGUUUCGAAUGGUUCGAAAA